AGGAACUAUACUUGCACUAUCGACGUCACGUUCAGAGUCAGUCUUACUUCUCCAAACUCGCUAAAGAAUAAUAAUAAUUAUUAUUAUUAGCGAAAAAACGAACGUGUGAACAAAUUUUGCAAACAGCCUUCCUAACGUAGAUACGCACAAAGAGGAGUAAAGCAACCAAAAAAAAAAAAAUAUGGCUGAUAAUGACGAUCUUCUCGACUACGAGGAUGAGGAGCAGAACGAAACCACUGCCGUUGAGAGCCAGGAGGCACCAAAGAAGGACGUGAAGGGCACCUAUGUCUCCAUUCACAGUUCGGGCUUCCGUGACUUUUUGCUAAAACCAGAAAUAUUGCGUGCAAUCGUUGACUGCGGCUUCGAGCAUCCAUCAGAAGUUCAGCACGAAUGCAUCCCGCAGGCUGUGCUCGGCAUGGAUAUUCUCUGCCAGGCCAAAUCCGGCAUGGGCAAGACGGCUGUCUUUGUGCUCGCCACGCUGCAGCAAUUGGAGCCGGCCGAUAAUAACACCUGUCACGUUCUGGUUAUGUGCCACACCCGUGAGCUGGCAUUCCAAAUCAGCAAGGAGUACGAACGUUUCUCCAAAUAUAUGCCCACAGUUAAGGUGGCUGUAUUCUUUGGAGGUCUAGCGAUUCAAAAGGAUGAGGAGACACUUAAGAAUGGCACACCGCAUAUUGUUGUUGGCACACCGGGACGCAUUUUGGCAUUGAUACGCAAUAAGAAGUUGAAUCUGAAGCACUUGAAGCACUUUGUUCUCGAUGAAUGUGACAAGAUGUUGGAGCAGCUGGAUAUGCGUCGCGAUGUGCAGGAAAUAUUCCGUAGCACACCACACGGCAAACAAGUUAUGAUGUUUUCCGCCACUUUGAGCAAAGAGAUUCGUCCCGUUUGCAAAAAGUUUAUGCAAGAUCCCAUGGAAGUGUAUGUCGAUGAUGAGGCCAAACUGACGCUGCACGGCCUCCAGCAGCACUAUGUCAAUCUGAAGGAGAACGAGAAGAACAAGAAGCUCUUCGAACUGCUCGAUGUGCUAGAGUUCAAUCAAGUCGUCAUUUUUGUCAAAUCUGUGCAACGUUGCACCGCGUUGGCCCAGCUGCUGACAGAGCAAAAUUUCCCGGCCAUUGGCAUUCAUCGUGGCAUGAAUCAAGAUGAUCGUUUGAAUCGCUAUCAGCAAUUCAAAGAUUUCCAGAAACGUAUUUUGGUGGCCACAAAUCUGUUUGGCCGUGGCAUGGAUAUUGAGCGUGUGAACAUUGUGUUCAACUAUGACAUGCCCGAGGAUUCGGACACUUAUCUGCAUCGGGUGGCGCGUGCCGGUCGCUUUGGUACCAAGGGUCUGGCCAUCACCUUCGUGUCCGAUGAGAACGAUGCCAAGAUACUUAACGAAGUACAGGAUCGUUUCGAUGUCAACAUUAGCGAGCUGCCCGAGGAAAUUGAUCUGUCCACAUAUAUUGAGGGACGCUAGUCAUCUAUGUGGAUAAGACAGCAAUGCUACCAAUUAUAUGAAUGAAUGAUACCAUUUUUUAUAAACUUUACUUUAUAUCUAAUAAAAUACAAUCCAAACAA